AUGGCGGAUUCAGAGAACCACGGCCAGAGCGCCUUUAGGGAGCAUCUCCCGGAUCUCUCGACGCCGCGGUUCGUGGCUAUGCAGAAUCAGGACCCGUACCAGUACGCCCAGGCGUUCAAGGAUCAGCAGUCUCCGCCGUGGCUGCACGCCCUGUACACCCACUGGCAGAGCCUCCACGCCGAGCCCUUCAAGGGCAUCACCUCCGACGGCGUCGUCAGGCCGGGGCUGUUUGAGCUCGAGGACCAGGGCAUUCCCAUGGAGGACAUCGUCGACGCCACCAAGCGUGCCCUCGCUCAGAUGGACGUGACGCAGCGCCGGCGAGUACACUAUCACAUCGACUCGUCCGAGUGGCGGUCAUGGUCGAAUCCCGAGUUCCUGCUGUACGACAAGGGUAUCCGGCUUGAUGAGGUGUCCGGCAGUCUGCGCGAUGCUGUCAUGGAGGUGCUCCGCGCGUGCAUGUCGCCCGAGGGCUACGACAAGGCCGUGGCGGCCAUGCGCAUCAACGGCUUCCUCGGCGAGCUGGUCCAAGCCCCGGCCAUCAUGAACGAAUACUCGUACAACUUUGUCCUCUUCGGCGACGAGCCCUCGACGACGAGGCCAUGGGGCUUUUCCUUCUACGGACACCACCUCUGCCUCAGCGUCUUCUUCUAUAAGUCGCAAAUGGUGCUCUCCCCGUUCUUCACCGGCGCAGAGCCCAAUGUCAUCGACGCAGGACCCUACCAGGGCACGCGGAUCCUGCAUGAGGAGGAGGCUCUGGGUCUGCGCCUAAUGCGCGGCCUCACGCCGGAGAUGCAGCGUCGCGCGCAGACCUACGCACAGAUGAAGGACCCGGCGAUGCCGCGCGGCCGCUGGAAUCAUGAUGACCAGCGCCACCUGUGCGGUGCGUUCCGCGACAACCGCGUGGUGCCGUACGAAGGAGUAUGCCUGGCAGAGCUGGAUCCAUCGCUGCAGGACCUUGCCAGCGACAUCCUCGCCCAGUACCUGCUGUACCUGCCGGCUCGUGCGCAGGCGAUGCGACUAACGCAGGCUCGCGCCUGGUUCCACGAGACGUACUUUUCCUGGAUCGGGGGCUUUGACGAAAGUGGCACCAAUGGUGGUGGUCCCCCGUUUUACUAUCGCAUCCAGAGCCCCGUCAUUGUCGUCGAGUUUGACCAUCACUCGGGCGUCUUCCUGACAAACGCAGAGCCGGCGCGAUUCCACAUCCACACGAUCCUUCGGGCGCCCAACGCGGGAGAUUAUGGCAUGGCGCUGCGACCCUUGAUCCCCGGCGCAAAGCAAGACUUUGUGUGGGAGGGCGAAGCGAGCUGA